AUGGAUCUAAAACAUUUUAUUGCUCUUAAUGUUGCAGCUGUAUUAUGCAACGCUUGCUAUAUGCUGUUUAUCCCUUUCCUCUCAAUCGAGUUCAAGAGAUAUGAUAUCAGAGAGGCAACAUUUGGGUAUAUUAUAGCAAUGUAUUCAGUUUCUUCUAUGAUUAGUUCAUUAUUUUUGGGUAAGUUCAUGAUAGUACUUGGGAGGAAAAGAGUCUUGGUUCUUGGAAUCCUUUGUAUGAGUGCUUGAUUAGCCAUGUUUAGCUCUAUUAGCUAUCUUGAGAACUCAACUUUAGUCUGCAUUUGCUGAUUUGUAUUCAGAGCUCUUCAAGGACUUGGGUCAAGCAUGAUACAUACACCCUCUUAUGCAAUCAUUUCAAUCUCUUAUGGAGAGAAAAAGCAGAAAUAUCUUGCCCUAUUCGAAGGAAUGCAAGGGAUUGGAUUAGCUCUUGGACCAGCUAUCGGUGGUGUAAUAUAUUCUUUCUGCGGAUUUGGGUCUACAUUUUAUAUCCUAGCAGGGCUAUUAUUUAUCUUGUGUCCUAUUUUGUAUGUCCAGAUUCCUGAAUCAUUCAAUGAGGAAGAGGAAACCUUACUUGAUCCUUCAAUAGAACGAAGUGAUCAAGAGCACCCAGUAACAGAAAUCAAGGCUGAAUACUGGACUUUAAUAAAAAACAGGGUGUUUUCUCUCACAGCAAUUGUCACAGCCCUAACUUUUCUGUCCUUUUCAAGCUACCACCCAGAGCUUCCCACAAGAUUGCAAGAGUUAGGAUUAUCGUCACUUGAAAUCUCAUUUUUCUUUGCCAUUGGUCCUACUGCUCAAACACUAAGUAGUGUUUUCCUUGUGCCUGUUGUUACUAGUUCUAAUCAUAAUGAAGGUAAUGUUGGGUAUGAACCGAAGAAGAUAAUUGUUUUGGCGCUUAUCGCAUGUGGAUUUGGUCAACUCUGACUCGGUCCCAGCAUGUUUUUGCCUGAUAGAGUAGAGGUGAUAAUUGUAGCAAUGAUUUUAAUAGGUACUACAGCUGUGUUUUUAUUGGCUUUUUCCCUUUCAGUGAUGACAAAUGAAAGUGAAAAUAAAUAUCCAACUCAAAAAUCUAAGGCUAAUGACCUCUCAUCUGGUGUUUUCUUUUUUGCAUGACAAUGUGGAGCAACAAUAGGGCCAAUAUAUUGAAGCUAUAUUUCAGAGAUAAUAUCUUUUAGGAAUGAAUGCACAACGGUCGGAGUUUCUAUUAUUUCUUUUGCUUUGAUUUACUAUGUUGUGUGUAUUUUAUUCCAGCCAAAAGUAAAAGAUGUGCCAAACUUAGAAUCUCAAAUUUUGGCAAAAAGUAUAAAACCAUUUAAAGCUCAAGUCAAGCCUAAAAAUAAUAUUUAAUUAGAUACAUCGU